AUGGGCAAAAUCAUCAUUUAUGAGCAUGCCAACUUCCAGGGUUUGUCCAGAGAAUUCACCACUAACAUUUCCAAUCUAAAAGAUGUAGAUUGGAAUGAUAUUGUCUCCUCAGUGAAAGUAAUUGGCCAGCCUUGGGUGGCUUAUGAGCAUGUUGAUUACAAGGGUCGGUUUCUGGUGUUUGAGGAGGGACAAUAUAGCUCUGUUGGUAAAGAGAUGAAUGACAAGAUCAGCUCUCUGCAGCUGAUCACUGAAAAUCUGUGCAAUCCCCAGAUCACUCUCUAUGAACACGUUGAUUAUCAAGGGAAGAGCAGAAUAAUAAGAGAAGCAACCAACCUGGCUGCAGGACACGACAAUGAUAUCAUGUCUUCCCACAAAGUGCAGAGGGGUGUCUGGCUGCUGUGUGAGCACAGUGAUGGAAGUGGAUUUCAAUACCUUGCCCGAGAGCACGAACACUUUCCAAAUUACAAGGCAAUCAAUUUCAACGACAAGCUUUCCUUCCUGCGCCCCCUGCACCCUGGCUGUGGCUUUAGAACGCAAAUCCUGCGGCGCUGA